UCGCAUGAGGUUGUGGUACCACGCGUUCCUUUCAUCUCAGGAUAUAAGUUUAGUUCUUUUAUCCUGCUGAGCUGCAUGUUAUGAAUUGAUUUUGUUAUACACUUGUACGGUUUGAUAGCGUGAAGUGUAGAGACACUAUAGUGAACGUGUACUGUGAUUUGGAAUUAAACGUUGAUAUCAGAAGAUUGAUAACUUUUAUACAGUUUUGUGUUAGAAUAGAUUUUAUAAGAUAAACUGAAGGCAAAUCCUUCAGAGUUAUUUAUUGCAAUGACAUCGACAUAAGUACCUACUAGAAAUGAUGAACCAAGAAGCCACGAGUCUGGCAAGCUUCACGGUGCAGUCUCCUGACCAAUCAUCCAUCACUCCGGUCUACGACUACUCCGAUGUGAUAAGCUCGUCCCCUCUCAUGCAAGAUGUGGGGGGCAUUGGCACCCUCAGCUACAGCCACCUGUCUCGUAAUCACCCGUAUUCCUCUUUCACUAAUCCCUCCCUCGGAGGUCAGCAGAUGUUUCAGCAACACCAGAACUCGUUGCGCUACACGGCGGCCCAGAAUGGACCUCUCCUCUACCAAAUGUCUUCAGCAGAAAGCCACGCUCGAGGAACUCCGCCGUACCCACCGCCCUCAGGCGGCCAAAGGUGGGACGCUGGUCGAGGGGGGGAACGCUCCAAAAAGCUGGGGCGUAUCAAGCGACCCAUGAACGCUUUCAUGGUCUGGGCCAAGACUGAAAGGAAGAAGCUGGCCGAUGAAAAUCCUGAUCUGCACAAUGCUGAUCUCUCCAAAAUGCUCGGAGAACGUUGGAAGCAGAUGCCUCAGGAGUUGCGAAGACCUUAUACGGAAGGCGCCGAGAGGCUGCGGGUGGAGCACAUGAUACAAUAUCCAAACUAUAAGUACAGACCAAGACGGAGGAAGCCGCAGGUGAAGAAGGUCAACGGCAGCAAUGCCAACCAGAACAGCAACAAUAACAAUUCAAUCACAACUAAUAACAAUAACCAGGUGAAUGGUAACUCCUGCAGAGUUAGCAUGUCCGUGAAAAACAAUUCGGCUUCUUCGGGGAGCUCCUUGAACGGUUCCACGAAGACACUGACAACGGCAACUCCAAAGACCCAGUCAACAAUUACUACCACGACUACCAUCAACCAAGUGCUUGUUGUAAAGAAAGAGGAAACUAUCAGAAUGGAACAACCUAGUCUACUGGAGGCGACUUUGACGGCACAAGUGGCCACCCCUUUAAACUCGAGUCAUGUCGCAGCGUCCACCCCAGACACUCUAUGUCCUAAGAUUUUAUCUCUGCACACUCCGGAUCAUUCCCCAACCUGCAGUCCUCAGCCGGGAUGGCCUCCUCCAGGUCUCCUCAUGACGGUUCCUAGCCUCACCCCAACCUCUCUUGCUGCUCUCCCCACUCCCCCUGAAGCGUCCCCACAUGACCAUGAACAUCACGGCGAGAUGCACCACAGUAUCAAUCAACAGAUAGAGCAAAAUCAUCAGCAUUACAUGCAUCAUCACUUGCAGCAUGCACACCUUCCACAACAUAUGUCAUCUCAGCAGCAUUUAGCCCAUCAACUGCAACAGGAAAGCAUCCAAAGACAAACGCUGCAACAACAGCACUUGCAACAACAACAACAGUCUCACCUAACCCAACAACACUCUCAGUAUCAAUCACAUCAGAUGCAACAACAGCAGCAUCAAUACAUGUUGCAGCAACAGCAAAUCACCGCAGACGACCGAUCAAUGGUCGCUGCCAAAUCGUGCAUGAUGACUCACCCAGGAGACUCACCACAGUCCUACCCUCAGUACACUCACUACCAGCAGAAUUACUACACUGGCAUGGGACUUGAAUAUCAAGACUACCAAGGGGCGCAAGAAGCUUAUUAUCAGAGCUUGCCUCCAUACGAAGCUCAGCAAUACCCAACGAGUCCAUCAUGUUAUUCCCAGAACAUGCAGCACUUCGUUCAUAACGCAGGCGACAGAAUUGAAGUGAAAUCUUGCGACACGACUCCAGAAGUGCACGGCAGAGCAGACGCGAGUGCAGGAGUGUCUCCGCUGUCGGCAGGAGCGACCCUUGCGGACGGAGGGACCAACAACGUAGUACACCCUGUGGUGGAGGCGCUCACAGAUUUGGACCGUUCUGAGUUUGGCAUUUAUCUUAAAGGCGAGGAACAUCGGACCUCGUACACUGCCUCCUAUUCCUGCGCUUCUACUGGCAGGUAUUUUCAGAGCGUGACUGCGCAACAAAGUUACUACGGAGAUGACGGGACGUCUAACUUGGCAAUUAAGAAGGAACAGCCAGAGAACGACUGUUCGCUUCAACCUCAGCCUCAAAUUUUAUCAGACUCUGAGAACCAAAUACAAACACCGGAAAACAACGCUGAAAAUGACACUUCUGUGCUCCUGUCUGCAUUAGCUGAUGCUCGAGAAAUAUGUUACGAACAUUCAUAGAAAAUAUUCAAAGUGAUAUAAAAUUGAUUUCAUUGUCCAUAAGAUAUUUAUUUCUUUGGCCUGCUUGUAAAGACGUUCGAUAAAUUCAAUGGCUACUUCGAAAAAUUUAUACCCCGGAAUCUCGUUAGGAAUAUUUUAUGGCAAAUAAAAUACCGUAAAAACUUCCAAAAUAUCAUGUGAAUUCAAGUAAUAUGAGUUCAUGAACCAACUGAAUGCUAGUGAGACUUCAAUAAACAGAGAAGAAAGAUAUACCUUUUCACGGAAGUCAUAAAUGUAUUUCUAUGUGUACAUUAAGUCAGUCUCGAAUUCAUAUUUACUUUUCAAAUAUAAAUUUAUUCGGAAACUUUCCAUUGCCAGAUAAUUUAUAUUGCCUUUUAGUUUGAUUUUAAGAGUAAGGAAAAUCGUUAAUCAAGGAUUGCAUGAAAGCAACACAUUGGAUCCAUCAACCGAUUUUUUAAAUUAUUCUGUGUUGUUUUGGGAUUUUACUUUGACAAAUAGUCUCCUAUUUCCCGCUUGUUUAUAUUGUUAACUAUCAUUACAAACCUUAUUUGUAUAAUAAUGGAUGUAACAAAUAAUUAAUCAAUAUUUCUUAGCAAAAUGUAUCAAAUCACAAGGAAAUUUUGAUCCCGAAUUGAAUUCACAAGAAAAUUUUGAUCCCGAAUUGAAAAUUUAUCAGUUUAAAAAUGGCCCCUUUUUCCCAUAUCUACCUAAAGUGGACAUUAUAUAACUUUAACGCUCAGUUUUCCAACACAGUUGAAAGUGCAUAGUAUGCAUAUAUUCCUCCACACUAGAGCCCAAUUUCUGUGGGAUUUUUAUUUAUGUUUUAAUUGUAAGAUAUGUAAAUCGAGUGCCUUGGACAGGAUCUUGAGGUCUAUUUAACCAACAUAUGAGAUGCAUGUUAAAAUAUGCGUAGAGCAAGUCUAUCAAUGUGUAUGAGUGUGAUGCAUAAAUAUAUUGAGCGUCAGAAAUAGGUUGUAGUCAUCGAGUUUAUUAGCAUAGGAUAAUUAUCAUUGCAACUACCGUCUGAAAAUAUUUACGUUGUGCAUCUUGGUAGCAUUAAAAAUGUUUUUCUGAGCGACUGUUGAAUACCGGACAAAUUCUUCAAAAUGAGAGGCCCAAGCGCAGAGUGUACAAAAAUUUAAAUAGAUGAGGUAAAUUUAAACAUUUAUUACAUGGGAUAUCAGUGUGACACCAAUUUCGAAAUUAGUUAUAAAGUCAAAAUUUUGUGAAACGGAAACUAAAUUCUAGUUAAGUUCUUUAAAUAGUUUUGGUGCCUGUAGCUGGAAAAUUAUCCAUAUUCUUCAGAACAUAGUUAAUUUAAAAUUAAGCUUCAAACGCCCAAAAAUCAGCAAAAACAUAUCCGGAAGAGGAACAUCUCACUUGGACACAUAUGAUAAUGAACGGCAAACGACGUUAGCCGUCGAAGAAAUUAGUGACGUUUGUACAAUAUUAGUGAGUAGAAAUUAUUAUUUUUAUUAUGCAGAUAUUCUGCAGUAUUACUUGCGUGAAAUAAAGUAAGCUAAAGAAAACGUUUUACAAAAAGACGAACUACUAUAUUUAUGUAGCUGGAUAAAAAAGCUCUAACUUCACGAGAUGGUACACUUUGGAAUUGAAUGGAAACUCUUGAUAAUAUAGCUAUCCGUUUCUCGCAUACCGAAUCAUAUAUGACAGACUUCAAAUAAAGAUGCCACUACACUUCUAACGAAGACUUUACGAUUAAUAUUUACACGUUAUUAACGGUGUAGUGGCAUAGUAACAGUUAUGGCCCAAGUUACAGUUAUAAUACAUCUAUGCUGUAGACGAGAUGACGAACGUCAGGGGCUUUCUUUGUCCUGGUAAAUUUACUAGGAUACGCAUGUUCUGGAUUUCAGGUUAAAUAUACAAUUGAACUAUGAGAGAAUAAUAAAAUUUGAUUUUAGAUGAAUGGAUUCACCAUAGGAAGGAAAAGAUCGGGUGAGUUCCAUCGAAGUAAAUGAUAACGAAGAUUUCAAUGUUAAAGUAAAAACCGUUUAAUAAGAAUUCGGUUUUCAACUAUAAAUGUUAUUAAAUUAUUACCAUUUAUUUAACAAACAAUUGUCCUCGAUACAAGAAAACUCACUUACUAUCUACUAGUAAUUUACUAAUUUCCACUUCAUUUGUGGGAAAACCACAGCACCCUGCGCUCUACAGUAUUAAACCGAAAGCUUCCUCCAUGAGUCUCUAUAUCAAGUUAAAUGUAGAAGACAACUGCCAUCGUGAUGAAUGCAUCUUAAUCCACUAUCGAACGGUGACAAAUUGCAUUGAUAGAAUUCGAUUUAAAAAUGUAAUUUUCAACAAUCCUUGUUUUAAUUUUUCCUCUGCAUUAAUUAGGCAUAUCUUUCCUGUUUUCUUUUUCCAAAUUGGUGUGAGAAAAUCUAUAAUUUUUCAACAUGCGUAACCCACAAGCCACUAAAAAGAAUUAUAUUACGUAAAGAGAAUCAGAAAUAUUAUCACAUCAAUUCAUUGAAUAAAUUCGAUAAAUUUAAUUCUAGAACCUUCUUUGUUCAAA